CAUCUCUUCUUGUUCUUUUGUCCGAUUUUCACUGAGAAACCGAGAUAAUUCUGCAAUGGAGAUGACAACUGCAAAAUUUGAAAUAAGCCCCAAAAGGCACUUCUUGUCCCCAAAAGAAGACCACGCUGUGGAGACUAAGUCUGUUAAGAGACGUCGAAAAAAUCCUUCUGCAGCUGCAUCAAGCAGCAAUACUCAACAAGUUGAAUCACAGCAGCAGCAGCAGCAGUCACUGACUGACCAAACUAAUACUAGUACCACAACUGUUAAGAGAAGUUCUAGAUUUCGGGGAGUCAGCAGACAUCGCUGGACUGGGCGAUAUGAAGCUCAUUUAUGGGAUAAAGGAUCGUGGAAUCCAACGCAAAGGAAGAAGGGGAAACAAGUUUAUAUUGGAGCUUAUGUUGAAGAGGAAUCUGCUGCGAGGGCAUAUGACUUGGCUGCUCUGAAAUAUUGGGGACCGUCUGCUUUUACGAAUUUUCCUGUAUCUGACUAUGAGAAGGAAACUGAGAUGAUGAAGACUAUAACAAAAGAAGAAUACUUGGCCACUCUAAGAAGGAGAAGCAGUGGUUUCUCAAGAGGAAAAUCCAGAUAUAGAGGAGGUGCAAGGCACCAUCACAAUGGAAGUUUGGAAGCGAGGAUAGGAAGAGUUUUCACAAACAAAUAUCUCUACCUUGGCACUUACAAUACUCAAGAGGCGGCGGCUCAGGCGUACGAUGUUGCAGCAAUCGAAUACAGAGGAAUCAGUGCAGUAACCAACUUUGACUUGAGCACAUACAUAAAAUGGCUGAGACCAGGAGCAAAUCCUCUUUCUUCACAAGAACAAAAACCAAACUUGAAGACUCUGCAAAUGACAACUUCCUCAGUACCCACUAAUCAAAUUCCGAGGAAGGAACUAACCGAGCUGCCAUUUUUCCACUCAAAUUUUACGAGACUAGACGUCUUAGAUGCAGAAGCAGAACCAGCAAGACAAGACAUGUUCCGGGGACACACUGCUGUUAGUCCUUGCCCGAGAUCUUGUUCUCCCACAGCACUUGGCCUGCUCUUGAGAUCUUCAAUAUUUAAGGAACUGGUUGAGAAGAAUUCAAAUGCCACACAAGAAGAAGCUGACACAAAAGAACCGCCACAGAUAGGCAACAGUCGUCAUGAUGAUGGGGAGGUGUUUUACAACCGAAUCGGGUGCGUUCCUUUUGAAAGUACUAGCCGAGAUGGGUUGUUUGGUUUAGAGUCAAAGGAGGAGUGUAGAUUGCCAUUACACGGCAGAACAGUGCAGUCCAUGUGGAAUUUGUUUUAAGCACUGUUGCUGCAGCUGCUUCCAUCCAUUGUCUAAAAUUGCCAUUGCUUUUGAUGGCAUUCUAUGCUUAAACUUGUUAAAGCUUAGACAGAA